AUGGGUAUCAAAGGUCUCACCGCCCUUCUCGCGGAGCACUCUCCGAAAGCGUUCAAGGAACAUGAAAUGAAGACCCUUUUUGGGCGUAAAGUUGCCAUUGACGCGACCAUGUCCAUGUACCAGUUCCUCAUCGCCGUACGCCAGAAAGACGGAGAGAUGUUGACGAACGAUGCAGGAGAGACCACUAGUCAUCUUAUGGGAUUCUUCUAUCGGACAAUACGAAUCGUGGAGAAUGGAAUCAAACCAGCAUACGUGUUCGAUGGAAAGCCUCCAGACUUGAAGUCCGGUGUGCUUUCAAAACGGUUUGAACGGCGGGAGGAAGCCAAGGAAGACGGCGAAGAGGCCAAGGAAACUGGUACCACUGAGGACGUGGACCGCUUCUCGCGCCGUACGGUGAAAGUCACAAGGGAGCACAACGAAGAAUGUCGGCGGCUGCUUGGACUCAUGGGCAUCCCGUAUGUAGUGGCUCCUUCAGAGGCCGAGGCGCAGUGUGCAGAGCUUGCGCGUGGCGGCAAAGUCGACGCCGCGGGCUCGGAAGACAUGGACACCCUCACCUUCGGCUCCCCGAUUCUGUACCGUCAUCUCACCUUCUCCGAGGCUCGCAAGACGCCAAUUAGCGAGAUCAACCUGCCGAAGGCGAUUGAAGGGCUGGAGAUGGACAUGUCCCAGUUCAUCGACCUGUGCAUCCUACUCGGCUGCGACUACCUCGAGCCCAUCAAGGGCGUUGGCCCGAAGUCUGCGCUGAAGCUCAUCAGGGAGUUCGAAACGCUGGACAAGGUGGUUGAGCAUCUGAGAGAGAAGAUGGCGGAGAAGGAGGAAGCAGCUGAGGAGGGCAAGAAGAAGAGGGGUGGAAUCCAUGUCCCUGACGAGUGGCCACAUGAAGCUGCGAAGCAAUUAUUCCUAAAGCCUGACGUUGAGCCUGCGGAUCAGGUCGAGCUGGAGUGGAAAAGUCCGGAUAUCGACGGUCUCGUUGACUUCCUUGUGAAGGAAAAAGGUUUUAACGAGGAGCGCGUGCGCAGAGGUGGUGAAAAGCUGGCGAAGUUCAUGAACGCCAAGCAGCAAGGUCGUCUGGACGGGUUCUUCACGGUGAAACCUAAGGAGGCCCCAGCGAAGAAGGACAAGGCCCCAGAGAAAGGCAAAGGCAAGGGAACGAAACGCAAGGCUGACGAGAAGACGGAGAAGGCCUCCAGCUCCAAAAAAACCAAGAAGAAGUAG